GUUUUAUAGGAAAGGAGAAGAUAGAAGAUCACAAGGGGGAAUUAAAUUGGUCAAUCCCCACAGCUAGCCUUGGGGGCCAUUUGCCUCGUAGGCUUUUCAUACAUGGUAUUAUGAUCACACUCUCCUCAAAACACUUGGCUGGAAAAUGAAUGGACUUCCCAACAGACAAAUCCACUAAUUAGUUAAGAAAAUAAUGACAGUCCAGAGAUUUUUAAGCAACCAAAGCAUUUACCACAGGCCAAGUGGUUCUCAAGUUCUUUUCCACCCACGCUCCCUUCCUUAAACUUCACAUCAGUAUCUCCGGUCUCAUAUCUCAUUAAUUAGGUGGGAUUUCAACCUCCUAUAACCAUGUUUCAGUGCCAAGCUUCAUGCUCUCUUUCCCGUUUUUACAGGUGGCGAGUCUAUUUCUCCUGCAAAAUUUCCAUGAAAGAAAUAGAAAGGCUUCAAAGUACUCCAUGAUUGCUUCUAAAUGAGACAAGGGCAUCAGGGUGGGUGGGUUGCAGCAAUGGGUAUUAGAAAAGUUGCUGUUAUUGGCAUCCUUACGGGUUCCAUGAAUAAAGAGUCAUUGAAUGAUAUCAUAUACAGAAAAAUGGCUCUCCUCAUCAGUUCCUGUUGGUUUUUCAUCACCAAUUCUCUGAUCCUUCUGGUUAGCAUUUUAGCCAGACAAGCUUUCAGAAUAUUUAAGAUAGAGGAUAGUUCUCGGAAGGAUGAUUCCAAAGUUUUGGCAAUGAAGGACUCUAGGCGUCUAGAGCUGGUGCCAAAUAUCACUGAGUUGGAGGAGAAGGAUUAUGAAUUCUUGCACGAUAAAGAAACACCGAGUUUCAGUUUUAAGUUUCAGUACCAAAUUUCUGAAGAACGGAGAGGAAGCAAUGGUGAAGCUGUCGUUCCUAUUCCUCAAAAAGAAGGACCCAUGAUUCCUGUUGCUAAGGGAAAAGAAUCAUCCAUAACCACGAACAUCAGUAAGUAUCACUUCUUAUCCAAUAAAGAUUUCAGUGAAGUUGUACAAGAACCAGAGGUCAAGACUUUCCAUGUCGAGGAGUCGAAUAUUUUCUCCAAAACAAAUUAUUUUUAUGAUAAAGACACGCUAGACAACAGGUCAGAUAACAGUCUACCGUCAGCAAAAGAUUUUCAACAAUCUGCAGUCAAAGCUGUUGAUGUUGAUAAUUUUUUGAAGAAGCAAGGUGAGCUGGAAGAUGUGUUAUCGACCGAAAACAAGCUUCUAGGGAAGGAAAAUGCCACUAAUUCUGAGACUAGUUCAUUGAGUGAGAAAGAAAUAGGCUUUCUGUUUUCAAAAUAUUUACAAGAACCCUAUGUGGAAAAUGUUAGUAUUGAUAGUCUAAAUGCCAUAAGGAAGCUAGGUAAGUCAGAAGAUGUCUUAUUGAUCGAAAAGCAGCUCUUGGAGAAGGAAAUGGCUCUCAAUUCUAAGACUAGUUCGUUGGGUGAGAAAGAAGUAAUGGAUGGUACAAGGUUGUUGUCAGAGGAUUUCUCUAGCUUUGACUCAGAUUUUGAAUCUCUUAGUCUCAGUGAUGGUUAUUCAGUAAAGGACUUCAUCAUAGAUUCAGGCAGCGAGGGUUUAUUAUCAGAGAGAGAUUUUGUCGGCUACAAGCUGAAGUCAGAUACUACAGGAGAUUCAACGAAAACCCACAGUUAUAAAGCAGAAGUAUUGAAAAUUCACAGGCUGAAAGAAGACCAGCUUCCAUCUUCUGAUGCAGGAUCAACAGUUUACAGAGGUUGUUUCCCAUAUAUUGGGAAUAGAAUCAAUUCUAAGAACAUUCAUUCAGAUGAUGUCUGGUCAGAGAAUGGGCUGAGCAUACCUGAAUCAGAUAAAAAAGAAUUGAAUGAAGGAGAUGCUGAAUCAAGAGAAGUCCGAAAGUUCAAAGAAACAAGAUGGCCUGGUUCGAAUGCAUUGCACGUAGAAUUCACUGAUUCCGGGGAUGUUGAGCAUUGUUCAAUUAAAAAUAUUGGCAGUUUCAGAAAGAGCUUGGAUGAAGUCGUGUCUGCAAAUGUUUCAGCCAACCCAGAAACUAUACUUGAGGGCUUAGAUGAAAGAAAGAUGCAUAAUUUUGAGGAAACCAGUUCAGAGUCUUCAAACACAAGAUGUGAUGGUUCUACUGGUAGCCCUUUGAGACCAAUUCACCUUGCAGACCAAGAGGACGCAAUGGAGCUCAUAAGAGGGAUGGAUGAACUAGUACAGAAAUCAGAAGUUGGAAGUGAAAAGAAACCACCAGAGAAGGACCUAAAGAAAAGUGAAGAGAACAAUCUGAAGGAUCUGAAUGAUGAGGAUUUUGAUGAAUUAGAGUCUCUCUGGGAACACCAGGAUCUGAUAGAACAGCUAAAAAUGGAACUGAGGAAAGCGAAGGCCAUCGGACUUCCAACCAUUUUAGAAGAAUCAGAAAGCCCAAAGACGGUUGAGGAUCUGAAGCCAUGGAAGAUCGAUGAGCAGUUUUUGCAUGAGGAUCCGAUGGACGAGUUGCCCAAGUUUUACAGGAGCUAUAGAGAGAGGAUGAGGAAUUUCGAUAUCUUAAACUAUCAAAAGAUGUAUGCAAUAGGCUUUCUCCAACUGAAGGAUCCCCUUCAAUCAUGGGGGUCUCAAAAACCUUCGAUUCCUACGAUCACAUCCAUUAUUUCCCAAGUUUUCUGGCCUUGUCAUCGUAAAUCCAACAUGGAUCCAUCAGAGAAGUUCAUCAAGGAACUCUGGAAUGACUUGGAAACAGUGUAUGUUGGGCAAACAUGCCUUUCAUGGGAGUUCCUCCGCUGGCAGUAUGAAAAGACUCGGGAACUACCAGAAUCUGAUCCUUACAGGAGCCAUCAAUACAAUCAAGUGGCUGGAGAAUUUCAGCAGUUUCAAGUGAUAGUACAGAGGUUUAUAGAGGAUGAGUCCUUCCAAGGGCCGAGGCUACCAAAUUAUGUUAAGAAUAGAUGCAUUCUUCGAAAUCUUCUUCAAGUACCUGUCAUCGAAGGUAAACCGAAAGAAAGUACUAUUAACUACCAAAAGGAAAAAGCAUGCAAGGAUUUUUUGAAGGAUAAAAUGGAGGAACAAAGAAAUGGUAAUGAUGUGAUUACAAGUGAAAUGUUAGAAGACAUCAUGGAAGAGUCGAUUAGAAUAUUCUGGAAAUUUGUCAAGGCAGACAAAGAUGAAACUCCAGCGAUCUUAAAGGGGCUAGUGGGAAGCCAGGUUGAACUUCAAAACCCAUCGGACUAUGAAGUCAUGAUGGAUAUUGAAGCAAUAUUGCAGAAGAAAGAGAAGAAAUUAAAAGACAUUCUGAGAACUGGCAAUUGCCUAGUCAAGAAGUUCAAAAAGCCAAAGGAGGACCGACCCAAUCAAGACCUUUUCUUCUCUCAGGUUGACCUGAAGUUGGUAGCAAGAGUACUGAAGAUGUCCAGAAUUACAACUGAUCAGCUGCUGUGGUGUCAUAAAAAACUGAAAAUGAUAACUUCUGUAGACAGAAAGAUCCAUAGGGAGCCUGCAUUUUUGUUAUUUCCAUGUUGAGAUUGAUGCUAUUCCUGUUUGAGUGUAAUUUGCAUGAUCUAGGAGAACCAGGUUUACCAUAUGCUGUUCUCCACAUAGGUUCCUCAGGGUUCAUUACUGUGAUAAUAAUGGACCUUUGUUUAGAUUGUUAAUUAACUAACUAUAUAGCAGUUACUUGUAUGGACAAAGUUUUUCCCCCUAA